GGCAAAUUCUUUUGUAUUUGUUUUUGACAGGCAGGUGAUGUCAAUUGUUUUUAGAUGCAGAUUCGAAAGAGAUAUUGAAACGGAAACAAGGGUUUUGCUCGAGCUUUAAAAUCGAGGUCUGAAUUUAUCGGUUCCUCCGGUUGUAGAAAGCUCAGGGAAAUUGAAGACGGCAAACCCUAAAACUGCUGAGAAAAUUGUACAUUGUAUUGAAGUUGAGUCGUUGAUUGAAGGUUUAGGGCAUUCUAAUUCUUAAAAUUCCCCUGAAUUGCUAAGAAAUUUCCGUAUUACAAUGAAAAAUUCGGAUUAGAUUGGGCGCGUAAUAACUGUGAUUUCAGAGGUGAGAGAAUGGUGAAUGAUGCAGUUUCUGCGCGAAAAUCUAAGGAAAACGAUGAUGGUAGUUCGAAGAAGUUAAGUAGUGGGAAAAAUGAUGCAUCAGCCUCAGGUCCAGAUGCUUCUGGUUUGAGGAGGUCAAUUAGAGCCCAGAGUAAUUCGAGCCCGGUCAGUCUUAGGAAGUCGCAGAGACUAGAAAAGCAGACGCCACAUACCCCUCCUUCUUCUAAGAAGAAAAUUAGGCAGCCGAGCCCAUUGCGAAGGUCAGUGAGGGAGAGUAAGUCUCAAUCUUCGAGCUCCAAGGGGAUGGCGGAAAAGGGAUCACCAUCUUCUAAAGGUUUGAAGCAGCAGAAUAAGGGGUCAAAUACCUCGGAUUCCUCGAAAGAUAAGAUAAGGAAGCCAGACAAGACUUUGAAGGAGAUUGCACAGGAAUUUAAAGACAAAGGUAAGCAGAAUUGCAGUUCUGAAGUUGGUAAAAAGAAGAGGAAGAUUUUAAAUGCUAAGCGUUAUAGGGAGAUGUUUAAGCCUCUGAAGAAGAGUAAAACAUCAGAAUCAAAUUCUGAUGUAAAGAGCAGACUGGAAAAUUAUGUUGACAGUGGAGAUAGCGAUUCUGAGAAAGUUGACGAAGAGGAACACGAGCAUAGUGAUGAGGAGGAAUUGAAGGGAAAUUGUACGAAGGACACAGAGGGUGAUGUCGGGGAUUCCAAUUCUUGUGAAAUUGGAGAUGGAGAGGAUCCGUCAGUGUCUAGGGGUCAUAAUGCCCGUUUUCCAUCUUCUCCUAAGAAUGAGGCUGUGCAAAUUUCUGACCAAACUGAAGAGGUUCCUGCGAAUGGCUCUGUGAUGGAAAGUCUUCCCAACCAGGAAAUGCUGUCGGCUUCAAACAAGCUAUCCGACAAUGUUAAUGAUUCUGGAUUUAGUCAGAAAGGGAUAAGCUUAGGGGCUUCUGCUUUUGCAAGUGAAGAUAUGGGCAACUGCUCCCUGGAUGUUACUAUCUCAUCAUCAUCUUUAUGCCAAAUGAGCAUUUUUGCCGAGGAAUGUGCCAAAUGUUUAAGAAAACGAAGGGUGGAUCAUGAUUCUCCAGAGCAGCUGCUUUGCUGUUGUCUUUCAAACAUUGUAAAUGAUAUGGAUGAUUAUAAGGAUAGAGGGCAAUGCGGGACCAUUGUUACUGCAGAGUUCGCUGAAGAACUUGGUCGAUAUGUCAAACAAAGUGAUUCUCUGCUUGAUGUUCAGCAGAGUAUGUGUGUCACUUGCAAACUUCCAGGAAAGCUCUUGCAGUGUAGCGGAAAACGAUGCGGAAGAAGUUUUCAUCCUUCAUGCUCACUGAAUCCCGAGAAAAAUAUAUAUCUUCCAAAUUGGUACUGUUCUAAUUGCACUAAGAAACGGUUGGCCCUUGGUGUCCAUUCCAUGUCUCGAGGAAUAGAAUCGAUUUUGGAUGUUAGAGAAGUGGAUAUGUCAAAUACUGAAGGUAGACACAAGCAAAAACAAUGCUUUGUCAAAUAUAAAGGUCUUGCUCAUAUACAUAAUCGCUGGGUACCAGGGAUACAUUUGGUUCAUGAAGACCCAGAAUUUCGUGAAAAGCCUGGAAAAGAGAAAAAGGACACACAGUGGGCUCCAGUUUUGGCCAGGCCUCAUCGACUACUGCAAAGAAGAUCAAUAAUUAUCAAUGGUAAGCCUAUUGAUCAAGAGGUUAGUCUUGAAUCAAAUAGCCAGCACGAAUGGCUUGUGAAAUGGUGUGGUCUUGAUUAUGAUCAAGCGACAUGGGAACCCGAGGAUUCUUCAUUUUUUAAGAAACCUGAAGCUCAACGGUUGAUUGAAGAAUAUGAAACACGUCAUAAUAAGGCCAGGAAGACACCACAAUCUGGAAGUAAUGAGGCUCAAGAAAAGACAAAGGAUCCACCUGUCAAAAUUGGAAAACUCAUGGUUGGGGGAGCUGAAAGUCGCUAUCUAAACUUUGUUAAUAAGCUCCGUGAGUAUCACAAUAAGGGGCAUAAUGCAGUUCUACUAGAUGAGCAGGAUAGAUUUGUGAAAGUGAUCCAUCUUGUUUCAUCCUUGGUUACACAUGUCUCUCGACCUUUUCUCAUCAUUAGUCCGUAUGCAUCCCUCCCGUCCUGGGAGGCUGAGUUUGCUCACGUAGACGCAUCUAUCAAUGUCGUGGUCUAUGGUGGAAAUGCAGAUGCACGUAAUAUCAUAAGAAGUCUGGAGGUUUAUGAAGAAGGUAGCCAAGUGAUGCUCCAAGUACUUUUAUCUAGCGCUGAAGCUGUUGCUGAGGAUGUUGAAGAGCUAAAAGGGAUUGGAUGGGAAGCUGUUAUUAUCGAUGACUGCCAACUGUCUUGCAUUUUGGCUCAUUCUGGUUGUAUCAUGAAUUUGUCUACUUGUUGGAGGUUACUUCUUAUGAAUGCUCAAUUAAAGGAUGAUACAACUGAUUAUUACAACAUCUUGUCUUUGCUGGAUCCUGGUUGUAGUACCAAUCAAAAUAAAGAUAUUAAUGUAUUAAAGGAUAGAUUGUCCUCCUUCAUUGUUUUUGCAAGAUUUCUUGAAUACUGGGUACCAGUAGAGAUCUCUAAUAUCCAGCUUGAACGAUAUUGUUAUUCUAUACUGUCAGAAUUCCCUGCGCUUCGCUCAUUUACUAAGAGUGAUCCUAUGGGUUCCCUCCGCAAUAUUCUUAUUUCGCUACGGAAGUGCUGUGACCAUCCUUAUAUUGUGGAUUGGCAAUUGCAAGCAUCACUAGCUAAAGGUAUUUCCCAAGAGACUAUGACUGAAGUGGAUAUCAGAGCUAGUGGCAAGCUACAUUUACUUGAAAAACUUCUCUCUGAGUUAAAGAAUCAAAAGCUGAAGGUCCUUAUCCUUUUUCAGUCAACUAGCGGUUCUGGAAGGGAUACAAGUGCAUUUGUUCUUGAAGAUCUCCUUCGUUUGCGAUUUGGGGAAGAUUCUUAUGAAUAUGUUCCAAGCGGAUUAGUCUCUUCCAAGAUGAAGACUACUUGCAAGGACUUUAACAGUUUAAGAGAGAGAUCUUUUUUUUUACUGGAGACACGAGCUUGUAGUCCAAUCAUUAAACUUUCUUUAGUAGAUGCUGUUAUUUUAUUUGACAGUGACUGGAAUCCUCAUAAUGACCUAAGGGCACUACAAAAGAUAACGAUAGAUUCAAAGCUGGAGCAGAUUAAAGUUUUUCGGCUGUAUUGUCCUUGUACUGUUGAAGAGAAGGUUCUUAUCCUUGCUAAGAAUGAUACGAUUCUUGACAGCACUCUGCAAAGUAUUGUUCCAAUUACUAGUCAAAAGAUUCUGAUGUGGGGUUCCUCAAAUCUGUUUUCGAGGCUAGAUGAGUUUCAUCGUGAUAAGACUCUGGACUUUAAAGACAAUAUUGUUUUUGGAUCUUCUUUUUUGACAGAUGUUGGUAAAGAGAUUGUUGCUCUGUUUCAAAAUCGUACAAAUAUUUACUCAAGUAAAUAUAUAUCAUUAGCUCGACAGAACGGUGGAUGUUAUCUCAAGUGUAUACCCUUGAUUGGAGAGCAGAAAAUUCAGCAAGAAGAAGUACUCCCACAUGACUUUUGGACAAAGCUAUUGGAAGGGAAGCAGCCUCAGUGGAAGUAUCUUUCAGGUUCAUCUCAGUCUUCUCAGAGAAACAGGAAGCGAGUCCGUUAUUCUGAGGAGCUUCCGCUAGAAGCUCAAAGUGACGAAGCAGGAAAGAGGCGCAGGAAGAUGGAUGGUACUAAGAUAGAUUCUUCUUCCCAGCAAGCUGAGCCAAGGAUGGAGAAAACAAAUUCUGGGAACAAUGAUCAUCAAGAAAAAUCUGGAUCUUCCCUGAUUACUAAUUCAGAAGCCAUAGCAAAAAAUGACCCCAGCUUUCUUAAAAACAUUGGUCCAACCUUGUCUUCCAUGACCAUUGCUAGCCGCGAGACUACUUUAAUUGCAGAGUGUAGUGAUUUGCCUGAUGAACAGAUAGAUCAUUUUGAAUUGUUGAAGCCAACUAUGUUAAACCUUUGUGAAGCUCUGCAACUUGAGGAUGAGGAGAAAGGACUGGUCGAGCGAUUUCUUUUGUAUCUCGUAAAAAAUUAUCGGGUUACAAGAAUGUCUGAGACUACAUUACAAGCUUUCCUACUCUCAGUGUGUUGGACUGCGUCCGAGGAGGUGAAGAACAAAAUUGAUCACAAAAAGUCGCUUACCAUUGCGACUGAAAAGGUGGGCUUUAAUUGCUCAGAAUGUGAGGCGGAAAAUAUAUACUCUAUGGUGAAGCCAAAAAUGGAGUCGUAUUUGUGUUUAGGAACUAAGAAUCCAGAUUUGAAACGAAAUUCUGUAGAAUCAUCAGUAGGCAACCUGAAAAAAUUAGAUGUAGAGCUCGAAGAAAGUUUACUUGGUGCAGACGUCUUUGAGAAAUAUAUGAAAAAGGUUGAAAAGGGAUGUGCCAAGGAAAUGGAGAGGCUAAAGAAUAAGCACAAUGAAGAACUUGAGAAAUUUGAAAUAUCCCGGGAGCAGUUGAAGAUGAAGCUAGAAACGAACUGUAAAGCAGAGUCAACUACUAUCCGUUUAACUUACGGUAAUUCUUCAGUUGGAAUAGAUAAACUGAGGGCCUUAGAUAAUAGUUAUGCUAAGAAAAGGGAACAUCUAGAAAGGGAAAUUUUCAUCUGCCAAAAAGAACUUGAAGCUAGACAGAAGAUUGAAAAAGAUGAAGAACAGAAAAGGUUGACAGGGUAUAUGAAGCGAGUUAAGGCCUUGGGAUACCGUAAGCUGUUGGGAGAAUCUUAUGUUAAGUAUGGAGUAAACUCUCAAGCUGCUGAGUCUAUUAGACUAAGCAAAGAUUCAAAUGGAAAUGUGGGUAUGAAUGGAAACCUCCCAAAGCAGCAAAGUUCGAACAGAGAAGCAAUUGGUUCUGUACUAUUUCAAAAUCUGGAGAAUAUAAGUGAGCAGAGAGUGAGCUGUGAUAAUGACACUUUUACUACUUCCAUAGAAAAUGUACGAGCAUCUAAGGGACCAUAUACUGCCAUGUUUCUGCCUAAGCAGCCUUGUGCUCGUGUGGGACAGAUUGAGAAAGAUACGAACCAAAUGGGUGAUGUAGUAGUAGAUAAUAGCACGUUCACGCCUGAUCAGCCUUGUGCUCCUACUGGAAAGGUUCAGAAAGCUGACAACCAAAUGGAUGAUGGGGUAGUAGAUGCUAGCGCGUUUCAGCCUGAUCAGCCUUGUGCUCCUAUGGGACAGAUUGAGAAAGAUACCAACCAAAUGGAUGAUAUGGUAGUAGUAGAUACUAACACGUUCGCGCCUGAUCAGCCGUGUGCUCCUUUUGGAAAGAUUCAGAAAGCUGACAACCAAAUAGAUGAUGCGGUAGUAGAUGCUAGCAUGUUUCCGCCUGAUCAGCCUUGUGCUCCUAUGGGACAAAUUGAGAAAGAUACCAACCAAAUGGAUGAUACGGCAGUAGAUACUAACACGUUCACGCUUGAUCAGCCUUGUGCUCCUAUUGGACAGAUUGAGGUAGUUGACAACCAAAUGGAUGAUGUGGUAGUAGAUGCUAGCAUUUUUCCGCCUGAUCAGCCUUGUGCUCCUACUGGACAGAUUGAGAAAUAUACCAACCAAAUGGAUGAUGUGGUAGUAGAUGCUAGCACGUUUCUACCUCGUCAGCCUUGUGCUCCUACUGGACAGACUGAGAAACCUGAUAACCAAAUGGAUGAUGUGGUGGUAGAUUCUAGCACGUUUCCCCGUAGUCAGCCUUGUGCUCUUACUGGACAGAUCGAGAAAGAUACCAACCAAAUAGAUGCUGCACAGAGUGUCCGAAUUAAUGUAGGGAGCACAACAGGUCCAUUGCUCUCUCCAGUUGGUUCACUCUUGGAGCACCCAACUGCUGAUACAAGUCAGGGGCUUGGAGAUGAAUCUCAUAAUGGAGUGGGAGAGCCAGUAGGACAUGCUACCGAGACCCACAAUUCUUUGCCUUUACGGAGAACAUCAUCGUUAAAUUGUACCAACCAUAUGCCAUCAGAUAUCCGGCGCAACGAAGGAACUAGCUCUUCUAAUGAGGCUUCUUUCAAUGAUUGGGUUACACAUUACAAUGAUCAAAUGAUAGUUGCUCCAAACGGUAGGCUUCAUAUUCAGCCGUUUGAAAAUCAUAUAACCCCAAGGCAUCAAGAUCAGAACAAUGCCAGUAACUUAGGUGAAGCUGUUUCACAGCCGUUGCAACAGUUGUCAGUUCAUCCUGCUCACACAAAUCCUGUUCCGAAUGAAAGAAAUGUAUCAGCACCAAGAGGACCUGUCCCUGUACUUGCCAGUUAUGAAAAUCGGGUGCAAGUAUCCGGUCCUACUUUCUCCUGGGUUCCAACAUCUAAUCAUUUUGACCCGCUUCAAAAUGAAUUAGAUAGAAUGCGUAAAGAGAUUGGCAAUAUCAUGAUUAUUCAUGAACAAAAGAAGCUGCAGCUGAAAUCAGAAUGUGAUAAAGAAAUUGAGGAACUUGUUGCUCAAAUUAGAAGAAAGUAUAACAAGAAGCUUGAUGAAGCCGAGUCAUCAUUUAUGCUCAAGAAGAACGAACUUGAAAUUUGUCAGGACAAGGUCGUGAGGCAUAAGAUGCUGGCGGAGGCUUUCCGAUCUAAAUGCACAGACUACAAGGCAGCUACAAGGACGCAACAGCUAGGUAAUCCUUCUAGUUCAGCUGAGAGUUCCUCUCAAUUACAUUCCACACGACCUUUAGCUCCUGCUGGUCCGGUUUCUGCCACACCACUUGCCACUGGCCCAACCAGUAUUGCACCACCUGUCCGCGGUGUUCGUGCCUCUACGACCUUAGGCUCUUACACCAGAAUAUCUCACGACAACCCUGUAGCACCACCGACAGGACAAUUUAGGCGUGAAGCACAUGCUACAGCCCCUCAUAUGCAGCCCUUCAGACCUGCUUCACUUGCCAAUUCUUCCAGCAGUAUGCCUUCUGGAGAUUUGUUGGUGGCACAGCCACCUAACAACCCAACAUCUGCCUCAGCUCCGCAGCUCCCGUCGCAGGCAACACCACUUAACUUAUCCUUGAGUGCCACACAGUUGAUUAUGGAUAUUACUAGGCGGCAUGAUGCAAAUCAUCAUCAAAUUUCUAGCAAUGGAAAUGCUUUGCCGGAAAAUGUCAGAAAUUCUGAAUCAGCAACAAAUCUGCAACCAACAUCAUCCAAUGUUGCUGAAGAUGUGGUUUGCUUAUCUGACGACGAUUAAUAUUACGUAAUCCCGGUGCGCUAACCAACAUUUUCUUGUAUCUCUCAUAAAUCCAAUUUUCUGUUAGGGAUUAAGAUAUCAGAAUUUCGGGAUGUACACGUUGUAUAUAGUCCAUAGCUGUUAUUGUACUCCCAAGUUAGCAGCUGAUGUAACUUAUCAUAAUUAAUUUUCAAUGAAAUGCAUUCGAGGCUGGUAGACUAAUAUUCUGCUAGAAUCUUUUAUGUUCGUCCAAAUGUUGUAACAAAUAUUUUAUGUUAAUGCAAAAGAUAACCCCUGUUGAAUCA